CUGGUCCCAGGCGCUUCAGGAGCCGCGGCUUACGGUGCAGACAUGGCCAAGUCCAAGAACCAUACCGCACAUAACCAGUCCCGAAAAUGGCACAGAAAUGGCAUCAAGAAACCCCGAUCACAAAGAUACGAGUCUCUUAAGGGGAUGGACCCCAAGUUCCUGAGGGAUAUGUGCUUUGCCAAGAAGCACAACAAGAAGAUGCAGGCCAGCAACGCCAAGGCCAUGAGUGCACGUGCUGAGGCUAUCAAGGCCCUCCUAAAGCCUAAGGAGGUUAAGCCCAAGAUCCCAAAGGGUCCUAGCCACAAGCUUACUCGACGUGCAUACAUUGCCCACCCCAAGCUUGGGAAGCGUAUUCGUGCCCGUAUUGCCAAGGGCCACAGGCUCUGCCGGCCAAAGGCCAAGGACCAAACUAAGGUCCCGGCUGCAGCUUCACCUGCAACUCCAGCUUCAGUUCCAGCAACUCCAGCUUCAGUUCCAGCUCCUGCUCAGGCUCCCAAAGGUGCCCAGACCCCCACAAAAGCUCCAGAGUAG